CUUUCUAAUAGCCAUGGUAGUCCUUCACGAGAACGUAGCAAUAGUAAUAAUGACGAUAAAAUGGCCAUGCUACAUACAAAAAGAAAAGUUUCGCUGAAUCCGAACGCUAUUAUCCCACCUAAAAAUACUAAUACUCCCUCAGCAAUGCAAUCACCUUCGAUUAAACGCUCAACCUCAAGUGAAAAUUCUGGAAAUACUCUGUUAGAGGUGGAUGAGUUUGACGCCAUUACCCCACCUAAAAAUACUAAUGCUUCCACAGCAAUGCAAUCACCUUCGCUUUCUAAUAGCCAUGGUAGUCCUUCACGAGAACGUAGCAAUAGUAAUAAUGACGAUAAAAUGCCCAUGCUACGUUCAAAAAGAUUGCUUUCGCUGAAUUCGAGUUUGAGAAGAAAUUUAGCGGCUCCUAUUAAAGGCUCAACCUCAAGUGAAAAUUCUGGAAAUACUAAAUUAAAGAUAGAUGAGUUUGGUAAUAAGGCUUAUGGUUCAUAUCAGUUUUAA